UGUUAAAAAGUUUGCCUUAUGAAAAUUAUCAUAGUUGGAAUCUUCCAAUACCUAGUCUAGAGCUCUCAAACAGCAAGACCGAGGUUUGCAUGUUGGUGAUCAAUUGGAGGGUCCAGAGAAAUGAGGUGGAUAAUCAUGGUUGAGCCGAGCUCGAGCUCAACUUUCCUGUAUGUAACAUGUAUCCCAUGCAAGUUGAAGACCAAUGAGCGCAUCCACAGUUGUACACUUUCUUGAGUUUGUUGAGUAAGCCCCUAAUAAGUAACUAUGAUCAUCUCUACUAGUGUUAAGGUAGAAUAAAAUGAGAAAAAGGAAAAAGAUAGAUUUUGAUAGGUGUGAAGAUAGAGACCAUAUAUUAUAACUUUAGAAUUAAAAAUUAAUUAUUUGAUGGGUUAAUUUUUUCCCCCUCCCGUAUAUGGAGUGAGAAUGAGAUUCACAAUUUGUAGUCAUCUAAAACGGUGAUUGAUUGAGUACAUUAGUUACAACAAAGUUUGGUGUGUUUGAUAUGAAAACAAAAGCAUUGAUGAUGUACUCAAAUACAGUCAUAAUAGAGUAGGUUUGAUUACACUUCGUUUCUUAAAAUUUUGAGCUCGUAAAUUUCGUUUCGAAACUAUGUUACAUAAAUCUUUUUUUAUGGGAUCUCUUUUUGGUUCAUGAAUCAAACACCAACAACAACCAACUCCAUGACAUCUUCCAAGUUAUUGUCAUCCUACGAUCCUCAAUCUCCUUAUCUCGAGUAGCAAUUCGAUUCCUCCAACGGUCCAACCUCAUCCUCAAUAUCUCCCUCUUGAACGAGCACCCAGAUGUGAUUUUCCUCCACAUUAACCAAUUUAGAUGGAUCAGUUCUCAAUUUUUUGGGUAGCUCCAUUGGCCGACUUCCAUAAUCAAUAUGGUUACCAACAAAUUCAUAGUGAAACGUUGAUUUGGAGGUGGUAGGGUCGAGAACUACGUAAAUGAGCCAAACCGGUAAUCUAAUCCUUAUUGCAGCCAAUCAGUGAAAGAGCCACGUUAUUGGUUGGUAAGAAGGGAUGUAGUACUUUUAGAAUUAAGUAAAUUACUACAUGUAAAUUUUGUAACACAUUUCGAAAAAAGAGCAGGGUGGUAAGACUUUAGCACCCCGCUCUCCUCCUCUCUCUAUGGUUCAAAUUCCUUAAAGGUAAAUUAUUAACCCUUUCUCGUUCAGAUUUCUGGUUCCGCCACUACAAUCAAUAAUCAAUAGAAGUGUGGAAAGCUCCAACUCGCAAAGAAUUUGGGUUAUGACAGUGGGGUAUCCUCCUAGUCCUAACUCCUAAGGCCCAAGACGUAUCCAUGGUUCCAACUUACAACUCCUUAGGACGUGACACGUAAGCCACUUGCUCCGUUUCCAUUCCACCACACAAAAUUCCUACUUCAAUCCGAAAACUGGCAAGAACCUUUGCCUCUCUCCCGUCGUCUCAAUUCCAAUCGAACACGAUUCUCUGAAAAUUUACUUCAGAUUCUCAUCAGCCUUAUUUGCUCAAUUGGGUUCGAUUUCCUCCUCCAUUUCAGGCAAUCCGGCUUUCGAACCAACUGCUCUCUGUGUGGAGGUAAAUUCUAGGACGCAGAUAAAGAGCGAGAGAGGGGAGAAAGGUCAUGGCUUUAGCAUGCGCUUCUUCUUCGCAGGCAAUCAUAUCAUCAGCCAACGCCUGCUCAUUCACAGCUUCAAACAGGAGAUGGCCUAGUUUCCAGAGCGGCAGGCGGCCAAGUUUGAAGCAUUUCACCGUCAGAGCUUCUUCGUCCGAGGUCGAUUCCGAUUGCAACACCGAGGAAUGUGCUCCUGAGAAGGAGGUCGGAAAGAUAAGCAUGGAUUGGGUAGCCGAGGAGAAAACCAAAGUGGUGGGAACGUUCCCACCUCGCACUCGUGGCCGUCCGUACACCGGCUACGUCGAGAAAGAUACCGCCGGGCAGACCAAUAUCUACUCCGUCGAGCCGACGGUUUAUGUAGCCGAGAGUGCUAUAAGUUCAGGCGCUGCUGGUUCUUCAUCCAGCGGAGCUGAAAACACAGCUGCAAUCUCCGGCGGCCUUGCCCUGAUUGCCAUCGCAGCUGCUUCGUCGAUUCUGCUUCAAGUCAACAAGAACGCACCGCCGCCUCAGGUGCAGACGGCUGCAUACAACGGCCCAUCUUUGACCUACUACAUCAACAAGUUCAAGCCACCGGAGGUCGUCCAAGCUGCAGCACCGACUGAACCGGAGUCUGUUGCGCCACCUGUGCAGACAGAAUCUGCCGUGACAGAAACAGAGUCCGCUGCAUCAGAAGCUCUCCAGGUAGAGGCUCAAUCAGAGGUCCAGCCAGAAUCUCCACCUGUAACCGAGAACUCUGCUGCGUCCUAAAGCUAAACAAGUUUUGCUCGAUCUGCCAAAAUUUUAUAGUAC